AUGCGGCAGGACGUCAUGGCAAUGUCCACCUCGGUUGAGAAGCUUCAGUUGCUCGGGUCAUCGGCGAUUACCAGGCGGUAUCUGCAGCUUCGAUUCGGGCUGAUCUGCGGAGAGGACGGAGGUGGCCAGGGUGAAGAGGCCUCCAAGCCCCUGAAGAGGAAGCAGGAGCAGUGUGGCCUGGGCCUACCCGAUCUGCCCACCCGGAAGAAGCUCUGGCAGGCCCAGGUGCCUGAUGGCGUCACACUCCAACCGGGCGUUUGCCAGAAUCGCGGGGCCGAGAUCCCUGUGAAUCCCAAUGUUGCCAAGUUUGGCGUCGCGGUGUCCUGGGACAAGGGCAUGCAUGCCGUGGACGUGGAUCUGCAAGCUGUCAUCGUGGAUCAGAAAGGCGUCAUCAUAGAUGCAGCAUACUACAACAACAUGAAGGCUCUCAGGUGCGUGACGCACUCCGGAGACGAACAGACCGGGGAGAAGACCGGCAUGGAUGAAACCGUGUGGGUCAUGCUGCCAAGGGUCCCUCCGCAGGUGAGGCUUAUCCUCUUCGUCGUAGCCGCGCACAACCGCGGUCAGCUCAAGGAUGUUUCCAACGGUGUCCUUCAUCUACUUGAGGAUGAUCCUGGAAAUGAAGUUGCGAGCUAUCGAAUGGAGCAGAGCGCGAAAGAAGUUGAUGCAGUCUUCGUAAUGGCCCGGUCCGAUGCUGGGGACUGGAGCCUGCGCGUGCUAGACGAGCCUGCUCAGCCAGGGCGCCACUUCAUGGAUAUCCUCGAGCCAACUUUGGGGAACCUGAUCCGUGCAGAGAUCCCGGGAGCACCGAAGCGCCAGAAGGUGGCCUUCGCGAUGGAAAAGGGGUCCAUGGUGGAGCUCCCGCAGACCUCGGACCUGGGCAAGGUCACUGCCGGUCUGGGCUGGGACGUGAAAGCAGGACCUGGGCCGGAUGUGGACUUGGACGUUUCCGUGGUGUUCUUCGCCGCGGACGGGCGGCACCUGGGAGCCGUGUUCUUCGGAAACCAGGAAGAAUUUGGUGUCGUACACAGUGGGGACAACCUCACAGGUGAAGGGAGUGGGGAUGACGAGGUCAUCACCGUGAACUUGUCGGCCAUUCCAGAUUCAGUCACGCAGAUGGUGUUCUCAGUGAACAUCUACACGCCGAACAUAACUUUUGAUCGCGUUUCCAAUGCUUAUUGCCGCGUGUGCAGCCAGGAUGGCACAGAGCUUGCUCGGUAUGUCCUCCGCGAGGCACGAGGUGAAACCGGGCUCCUCAUUGCCCGGCUGAUGCGCGAGCCAGGCCCCAGUCGCUGGGGUUUCCAGGCCAUUGGGACUUUCUGCAAGGGGCGCACAUGGAAGGAUUCUCUGAGGGACAUGGACCCGUUGGUUCGUUCCACGGCCCGGCAAGUGCAGAUGAUUGCAAUGCAGUCCACCACAGACGUGGGGCUCUCUGCUGCAGCUGGCUCUCGGGACAAUCCCAUUCGUGCCACUGUGGCUGCGCAGCCUGCAGAUCAGAAGAAAGACUGCAGCGUGCAGUGA